AUGGCAGCUGACCUUCUUAAUCCAUCUGAGAAGCAGGGUGAGCAGAUUCAUACCACCCAGGAAGCUGGAGGUACUGUUCCUGCUACAAAUGGCGAUACAUCCGAUCAGGAUUCCCUCGAUCAGGAGGCUCAGGCUGGUGUGAAGGGUAUCCAGGCGGCUACCAAGGUGUGGACCAAGGGGCAUCUUAUCUUGGCAUAUGCAAUUAUCUGGUUCAUCUACUUUGUCACCUCCAUCCAGGAGGUUGUCAUCCGAUCCUUGAACCCUUAUGUGACCAGUGCCUUCUCCCUCCACUCUUUGACUGCGGCCACCAGUAUUAUGGCUAAUAUUAUCGGUGGUCUGAGUAAAAUCCCACUGGCAAAGAUCCUGGACACAUGGGGCCGUCCUCAGGGUAUCAGUUUGACGUUGUUCAUCUGGGUGGUUGGUUUCAUCAUGAUGGCUGCAUGCAACAAUGUGCAGACCUACGCCGCUGCACAGGUAUUCUCUUCCGUGGGAUCCCAAGGAGUCAGCUAUUGUUUGACUGUCUUCAUCGCCGACACAUCGACACUGAAGAAUCGAGCCCUGAUGCUGUCUUUUGCCACCUCGCCCUACAUUAUCACAACAUGGAUUGGCGGUCCCAUUUCGCAGAGUGUCCUGGAAGGACCUGGCUGGCGAUGGGGAUUCGGGAUUUUUACCAUCAUCGUUCCGGUUGUGGUCUCACCACUAUGCAUCCUGUUUUUCUGGAACCACCAGAAGGCCAAGAAGAUGGGCCUGCUCCAGUCAAACCGCAGUCCUUUGACCCUGCAAUCGGUCAAAAAAUAUCUUAUUGAAGUCGACAUGCUUGGAAUCCUCCUUCUCGCUGGUGGUAUGGCAUUGUUUCUUCUUCCGUUCAGCCUGUGGUCCUACCAAAAGGACCAAUGGCGCUCCGCCAUGAUUAUCUGUAUGAUCAUCUUUGGAGGAGUUCUGCUCAUUGUGUUCGCCCUCUAUGAAAGAUUCUGGGCUCCAGUGACCUUCAUCCCAUUCAAGCUACUGAUGGACCGAACUGUCUUCUUCGGUGGACUGAUGUUUGUAUUUGAGUUCUUCAACUCCAUGGUUUGGGGCAGUUACUUCGGCUCCAUGCUUCAGGUCGUCUGGGGUCUAGAUGUCACUGAAGCCAGUUAUGUCUCCGCCAUUUACCGAGUUGGAUCCUGCCUGUGGUGUCUGCUCGUCGGAUAUCUGAUUCGCUGGACUGGUCGCUUCAAAUGGUUGGCAGUCUACUUCUCAUUCCCUCUCAUGAUUCUUGGAGUUGGUCUAAUGAUCAAGUUCCGUCAACCCGAUGCGGGCAUUGGAUAUAUCUGCAUGACUCAAAUCUUCGUCGCCUUUGCAGGUGGUACUACAGUCAUCUGUGGCGAGCUCGCUAUGAUGGCACCUUCUGAUCACCAGCACAUCGCUGUCGUGCUUGCUAUCUUGAACCUUUUCAGUAGCAUUGGAAGUGCGAUUGGAGGUACCGUGUCUGCAGCAAUUUGGACUAGCGAAUUCCCCAGGGCUUUGGCGAAAUACUUGCCGUCGGAAGUCAAUGUGGCGUCGGUCUACUCAAACAUCAAUGUCCAGCUGUCUUAUCCUUUCGGAAGCCUGGAGAGAAAUGCUAUCGCCCAUGCCUAUGGAGACGCGCAGCGUUACAUGCUUAUUACCAGUGUGUGUAUGCUGGCUCUUGCCUGGGGUUGUGCUGCGAUGUGGCGUGACAUUAAGGUUAAGGACUUCAAACAGGUGAAGGGAACUGUGUUCUAA